UUUUUUGUCCUAUAACAGUUGAUAAUACUUGUAAAUGUUCGUCAUAGUGUAGUGUGGUCUUUUCUUUUUAAGUUGUACAAUACGCCACUUUUCCGUGUACUUGUCCUUACAACAAUCGCAUCGGUUCCAUCACUCCGAGCGUUUAGGUGGGGUCACAAUGAGCCAAGAUGGCUGACGUUGAGGAACCGCUGUCAGACGAGGAGAAGGUUCGCAUUGCAGCUAACUUUGUGACCCGUGCCCCCCCAGGAGAGUUCAAUGAAGUCUUCAAUGAUGUGCGCCUUCUUCUUGACAAUGAUACCCUUCUCAGGGAGGGAGCAUCGCACUCCUUUGCCCAGUACAAUAUGGAUCAGUUCACACCUGCCAGACUUGAUGGCUUUGAAGACCCGGUUCUGAUUACCGAACAUGGUGACCUGGGUCAGGGGCGCUUCCUGGACCCUCGCAACAAUUUAUCUUUCCGCUUUGACCACCUACGGAAAGAAGUUAGUGAUGUGCAACCAUAUGAAGGAGACACAUCUCUGAAAACCUGGAGGGAUUCCUGUGACAAUGCCCUUAGUGCCUAUGUCAGAGAGCACUACCCUACUGGAGUCUCCACAGUAUAUGGAAAAAAUGUUGACGGCCAGCAAACGAUCAUAGCCUGCAUUGAGGGACAUCAGUUUCAACCCAAAAACUUUUGGAAUGGUCGCUGUCGGUCAGAGUGGAAACUUACCAUUGGUCAGUCGACUGCACAGGUAGUAGGAGUGCUGAAGAUACAGGUGCACUACUAUGAAGAUGGUAAUGUGCAAUUGGUUAGUCAUAAAGAGAUAGAACAAUCCAUAUCAGUGACUAGUGAAACUCAGACAGCUAAGGAAUUUGUUGACAUUAUCGAACAUGCUGAAAAUGACUACCAGACUGCAAUCAGUGAGAACUACCAGGCCAUGUCUGAUACAACCUUUAAGGCUCUACGUCGCCAGCUGCCCGUCACACGCACCAAGAUCGACUGGAAUAAAAUUCUGAGUUACAAAAUUGGCAAGGAGAUGCAGAAUGCCUAGUGGGAGGUCAGGAACUGGCCAGGGAGAUUGCUAGCUUCACUGGUCCUACCUAGUUAUCCCCAUGGACUUAAACCAAAGUAAAACCAUAUCAGUUUGGGGCAAGGAAUCAAUGGAAACAACUCGUCAAAACAGAUUGCAGAUGAAUGCAUGCGUGUCUGAAGACAUUUAUCUAAGAAAGAGUUUGGUCAAUUGUGUAAGAACAGCGUAUUGAUAAAGACUUGCGGUGUACACAAAAACACGAUGUGAGAAAAACAGAACAUUGUUUUGGAGCAAGAAAUUUGGGAAUGGGUUGUAAGGUGAUUUACAUUGUUUUCAGAAUUAUACAUGAUGUAGGAGAGAAGCUAUUGAAGAAAACUAUUGAUACCCCAGAGGUGAAAAUGUCAAUGCUCAUUAAAUUGAUAGUAUUGGUGAUUGGAAGUAGUGCAAUCCUUCGCAUUUAGCUCUUCUCUUGCAAUGUAAACCUCCAUGUACUGUAUGUCUGCCAAGCCAAGGGAACAUUUUUAAGUUGUCCUCCAUGUUUUGACUGAAAUAAGACAAUGUGCCUGCUUCUCGAAGCUGGGAUUUGCUCUUGCGUUGGAAGGAUCACGUCCACUGCUGUCCUUUACAUUUACAAAAAGAAAACACGAAAAACCAUUUGUCAAAAUCUCUUUCCUAUGGUAAAGACCUCCAUUCUCUCACCCACAAAUGCACAUUUCUAAUUUAAUAUGCUGCUUUCUUUUGGAGUCAUGAAAUGUUCUACUGCAAUAAAUUAUGUGUUGGUAAAUGUCAAGGGCGCAUAAAUCGGUUGCCAUGCAAAGCAAGAUGUUAACUUCUGUAGGGCCACAUCAAACUGUAACUACAUACCAAUACUUCAAAGUGGAAAUUUUUGGAUGGAUGCUAUGUUAAGCCCUUAGACUGUUACCAACUCUGUGCUGAUCAGUUAUGUGUUGCCUGUACUGCCCCAUUCUGUUGUCUGAAUUAAAGGACAGAAUAACAGCUGUAUUGCCGUUAUUGUACCCA